AUGGCGACGCCCAGCGACGCCACGGCCAAGGACCAGGGCGCCAUUGUUGGCAGCCUGCCCAAGACACCGGUCCACGACGACAAGACGGAGACGUUCAACGAGAAGGACAGCGAAUCGCCGUCGCGGACGCUCGAGGCCGAUGAGGAUGAGGUCUACGUGGAUGACUCCAAGGAGAUGCAGCGACGGGCCUCUGUGGUCCAGGCUCUGGCCCGCUCAUACUCCCGCGCCUCUGGAGCUGCUGGCGACAACCCUUUCCUCGCCGGCCCAGAUUCACCCCUCAACCCAGCUUCUGAGAACUUCAGCGGCAAGGAAUGGGCCAAGGCCGUUGUCGGGCUCGUCUCGCAGGAUGGCGGCUCAUUCCGCUCUGCCGGCGUCUGCUUCCAGAACCUCAAUGUCCACGGUUUUGGCGAGUCCACAGACUACCAGAAGGAUAUCGCAAACGUCUGGCUUUCGCUUGCCGGUUGGGCAGGCGGCCUCAUCUCCUCCAACAAGCAGCGCAUCGACAUCUUGCGUCAAUUCGACGGCAUUGUCCGCAAGGGCGAGAUGCUGGUUGUGCUUGGCCCUCCGGGAUCUGGUUGUUCGACCUUCUUGAAGACUAUUGCUGGAGAGAUGAAUGGUAUCUAUGUUGAUGACGAUUCCUACUUCAAUUAUCAAGGUAUUUCUGCCAAGGAAAUGCACAGCCACCAUCGUGGUGAAGCCAUUUACACCGCCGAAGUCGAUGUCCACUUUCCUCAGCUGAGCGUUGGUGAUACCCUCACUUUCGCUGCUCGAGCCAGACAGCCCAGACAGCUUCCUCAAGGCCUCAGCAGGAACGACUUUGCCGCCCACCUCCGAGAUGUUGUCAUGGCCAUGUUUGGUAUUUCUCACACUGUCAACACUCGCGUUGGCAACGAGUACAUCAGAGGAGUAUCGGGUGGUGAGCGCAAGCGUGUGACCAUCUCUGAAGCUGCCCUAUCUGGCGCUCCACUGCAAUGCUGGGAUAACUCGACCCGUGGUCUCGACUCUGCCAACGCUGUCGAGUUCUGCAAGACCCUGCGAUUGCAAACCGAGCUCUUCCACAGCACUGCCUGCGUCUCCAUCUAUCAGGCUCCCCAGAGCGCCUACGACAUGUUCGACAAGGCCGUUGUGCUUUACGAGGGUCGCCAGAUCUUCUUUGGCCGAGGUGAUGAGGCCAAGCAGUACUUUAUUGAUCUUGGAUUCGAGUGCCCUGCUCGUCAGACCACUCCUGAUUUCCUUACGUCGAUGACUUCACCCAUUGAGCGUGUUGUUCGUCCCGGCUGGGAAGGCAGGGCGCCCCGAACCCCUGACGAGUUUGCCGCCGCUUGGAAGAACAGUGCCCAGUACAAGGCGCUGCAGGCUGAGAUUGAGGAGUACAAACAAGCUCACCCAAUCAAUGGCCCUGAUGCCGACGCAUUCCGUGCCUCCCGCCAAGCCCAGCAAGCCAAGGGUCAACGCGCCAAGUCUCCUUACACCUUGUCAUAUACACAGCAGAUCCAGCUUUGUCUGUGGCGCGGCUGGAGGCGCCUGACGGGAGAUCCAAGCUUAACUAUCGGCUCUCUUAUCGGUAACUUUGGAAUGGCUCUCAUCAUUGGUAGUGUGUACUACAACCUCUCUGAGAAUGCCUCUAGCUUCUUCCAACGAGGAUCUCUACUCUUCUUUGCUUGCCUGAUGAACGCCUUCGCUUCUGCUCUCGAAAUUCUGACUCUGUACGCCCAACGACCUAUUGUUGAAAAGCACGCUCGAUAUGCCUUGUACCAUCCCUCGGCAGAGGCCAUUUCCUCUAUGCUCUGUGAUCUGCCUUACAAAGUGGUUAAUGCAAUCAUUUUCAACAUCACGCUCUACUUCAUGACUAACCUGCGAAGAGAAGUCGGCCCCUUCUUCUUCUUCCUGCUCAUCUCAUUCGCUAGCGUCUUGGUCAUGUCCAUGAUCUUCCGAACGAUUGCAUCUGCUUCCCGAACCCUCUUCCAGGCUCUGGUCCCCGCUGCCAUUUUGAUUCUCUCUCUGGUCAUCUUCACUGGAUUCGUUUUGCCAACCCGGUAUAUGCUAGGCUGGUGCCGCUGGAUUGGCUAUAUUGAUCCUCUGAGUUAUGCAUUCGAGGCACUGGUUGUCAACGAAUUUCACAACCGUGAAUUCGAAUGUGUUGACUUCAUUCCCUCCAAGAACUUCCCCGAAUAUUCCAACGUCAGCUCUGCCAACCAGGUUUGCAGCUCCGUCGGCGCUGUUUCUGGCCAACUCUAUGUCAGUGGUGACGCCUACGUUGGCUCCGCUUUCCAAUACGAGUGGGGUCACCGAUGGCGAAACUUUGGUAUUGUCAUUGCCUUCAUUAUCUUCUUCCUCUUCACUUACAUGGUUUCCGCCGAGCUUGUCUCUGAGAAGAAAUCCAAGGGAGAAGUUUUGAUGUACCGACGCGGUCACAAGCCCACGGCUGCUGUCCACGCCGAGAAGAAGGCUCAGGAUCCCGAGGCUGCCAUGGCCAACAUUGGCCCUAUUCUGACGUCUGAGCGAACAAAGGAGGGUAUGCUCCAACGACAAACCUCCGUCUUCCAGUGGCACGAUGUCUGUUACGAGGUCAAGAUCAAGAGCGAAACGCGCCGUAUUCUGGAUAACGUCGAUGGUUGGGUCAAGCCUGGCACUCUGACUGCCUUGAUGGGUGUUUCGGGUGCCGGAAAGACAACUCUUCUGGACUGCUUGGCUGAUCGUACAUCUAUGGGUGUCAUUACUGGUGAAAUGCUUGUUGAUGGAAGGCCCCGUGAUGCUUCUUUCCAACGCAAGACUGGCUAUGUUCAACAGCAAGACUUGCAUCUGCAAACCACCACUGUUCGCGAGGCCCUCAACUUUUCCGCUUUACUUCGACAGCCUGCUCACGUUCCUCGCGAAGAGAAGCUUGCCUAUGUAGACGAAGUUAUUAAGCUCCUGGAUAUGCAAGAGUACGCCGACGCCAUCGUUGGUGUUCCUGGUGAAGGUCUCAACGUCGAGCAGCGUAAGCGUCUUACUAUUGGUGUCGAGCUGGCUGCUAAGCCUCCUUUGUUGCUCUUCGUCGACGAACCCACUUCUGGUCUUGACUCUCAAACCUCAUGGGCUAUUCUGGAUCUCCUCGAGAAGCUGACCAAGGCCGGCCAGGCUGUCCUUUGCACUAUCCACCAGCCUUCUGCCAUGCUCUUCCAACGUUUCGAUCGUCUUCUCUUCUUGGCCAAGGGCGGCAAGACCGUCUACUUUGGUGAUAUUGGUGAAAACUCACAGGUAUUGACAAGCUAUUUCGAGAGAAAUGGUGGUCACGCUUGCCCGCCUGAAGCCAACCCUGCUGAAUGGAUGCUUGAAGUCAUUGGCGCCGCCCCCGGAUCCCACACCGACGUCAACUGGUUCGAAACCUGGCGCGAUAGCCCCGAGUACCAAGCCGUCCAAGCCGAACUCGAUAACAUCAAGCGAGAGAAGUCCGCAGAGGUCAGCGUAAUCGAGGACGAUCCCACCAAGUUCAAUGAAUUCGCCGCACCCUUCAUGACCCAGUUGAGAGAGAACUUGUUCCGUGUCUUCCAGCAGUACUGGCGAUCUCCCAUCUACAUCUACUCCAAGGCUGCUCUUUGCACCUUGGUUGCGCUCUUCAUUGGUUUCAUCUUUUACAAGGCUCCAAACACUCAACAGGGUCUUCAGAACCAGAUGUUUUCAAUCUUCCAGCUCUUCACUAUUUUCGGCCAGCUUAUUCAGCAAUCUAUGCCCCAGUUUGUCAUUCAGCGAUCUCUCUACGAAGUUCGCGAGCGACCCUCAAAGGUUUAUUCAUGGAAGGUUUUUAUGCUCUCUCAGAUCUUUGUCGAACUACCUUGGAACAGCUUGAUGGCCGUCAUUAUGUACUUCUGUUGGUACUACCCUGUCGGCUUGUAUCGCAACGCCGAACCAACUGGUGAGGUUCAUGAGCGUGGUGCUCUGAUGUUCCUCUUCAUCCUCAGCUUCCUCAUCUUCAGCGGUACCUUUUCAACCUUUAUCAUUGCCGGUUUCGAAACGGCUGAAGCUGGUGCUAACAUUGCCAACUUGAUGUUCAUGCUCUGCUUGAUCUUCUGUGGUGUUCUUGCUACUUCAUCGUCCCUGCCUCGCUUCUGGAUUUUCAUGUACCGAGUCUCGCCAUUCAGUUAUCUGGUAAAUGGCAUGUUAUCGGUUGGAGUUGCAAACACCGUGGUCAACUGUGCCGACAAUGAGUUUGUCAGGAUCCAGCCUCCUUCAGGUGAAACCUGUGGCAAGUACCUUGCCACCUUUGUCAACGCUACUGGAGGCAAUCUUCUCAACCCUGACUCUACGACCGAGUGUGUCUACUGCUCUAUCUCUGAGACCAACACUUACCUGGCUAGCAUUGGCAGCCACUACUCUGAGCGAUGGAGGAACUUUGGCCUGAUUUGGGUAUACAUUGUCUUCAACAUUUUCGCUGCCUUGGGCGUCUACUGGCUGGCUCGCAUGCCGAAGAAGUCGCUCAAGAAGACAAAGAAGGAGUAA